AUGGCUGUCAUGACAGCCUCCCCAUCUGCUGUUGCUCUAGGCAAUAAGAUGUACUGCUUCUUCCAAGGUGGCAAUGACUCUGGCGAACUUUGGUAUGCAGUUUCGAAUGGGCAGUACUGGGAAAAUAAACAACAGGUCCCUGGAACAACCCUAUCAGCCGGGCCAUCAGCCGUGGUUUUUGACAACAAGAUCUAUUGUUUUCACCAAGGCAGCGGUGAUAAUGGCGAGCUCUGGUAUAAUGUUUUUGAUGGGAGCCUCUGGGAAGGCGAUAAGCAAGUCCCUGGAACAAGCUUAUUAGCCGGGCCAUCAGCCGUCGUUUUCAACAACAAAAUCUAUUGCUUCCACCAAGGCAGCCGUGAUAGUGGCAGUCUUUGGUAUAAUGUUUUAGAUGGGGACCACUGGGAAGGCGAACAAGAAGUCCCUGACACGACCCUAUCAGCUGGGCCGUCAGCAGUCGUUUUUGGGAACAAUUUAUAUUGCUUCCACCAAGGUGCCGGGGACAGUGGCCAGCUUUGGUAUAACAUCCUGAGUGCAGAGGGCUGGGAAGGCGAUCAGCAAGUCUCUGGCACAUCUCUAUCAGAUCAGCCAUCAGCCAUCAACGUCAUUGACGAUAUACUCUAUUGUUUUUACCAAGGUAGUAGGAAAAGUGGCCAACUUUGGUAUAAUUUCUGGUGGCGGAACGAAUGGCGAGGCGAUCGCCAAGUGCCUCAGUCAUCCAUGUCGGACGGGCCAUCUGUCAUCUCCUUUCAAAACAACAUGUACUGA